AAUUCAAACCUCAGUCUGAAUUCUGAAAUCCCUAAAACCCCUUUCCACUUUUCUCCUUCCAAAAACCGAACCAGAUCGAUCGAGCGAUGUGGAAUAAUCGACGGCCGCCGGAAAAUGGCUCCGGUAACGAGGAAGACAACUCCGAUCAGGAGAAAACCAUAUCAAAGGCAGCUGGUUUCGUGGUCGUUUCGGGAAUCGCGAUGAGCAUUCUCAAAGCACUAAAUCCAUUCAACAAUCAAAACAUCAACAGUAAAACCAGUGAAGUAAAGGCAACAGUUUUCGAGUCAGCUCCAUCUCAAACUCAGCCUCAAGUGCUUCAACAAUGCCAGCCAGAGCCUGAGCCCAUCAUCAAGAAUCCGAGUUGUUGUGCGGAGCGAAGAGCGAAGGAAGUGUCACCAAAUGUGAUAGAGAUUGAGCGGGGAGAUACACUUUGGGGAUUCUCUAGAAAAUAUGGGGUAUCAAUUGAGGAAAUUAAGGAGGCUAACGGGCUUGAAGGGGACACCAUCUAUGCUGGAAAGAAACUUGUAAUACCUUAAUGUGCUCCUUCUCAUUGUUUCUUGUUGUUGUAGCGUUGCUUACCACGUGAGGUUGUUCUCUUCAUUUGUUAAAACUAAAUUUAAGCUGUAUUAGGCCAGAAACUUUUGUAGUUUGAAACCAAGGUUAUGGCUGCCACUAGAGAUAGAGAUGUGAGAUUGGUUUGAGCUAAUGUAAAAUGAGUAAAAUUUUAGCUGCUAUGAUGAACUUGUAUCUCAACUCGCAACAUUUUAUUAUGUAGAAGAAAUGAUUUUCUCCAAA